AUGCAAAGAAUCACAUCCACAACACGCCAACGACUACCUCAAGUCAUCCGCGUCUGCAACACUCACCAACCAAUUCGCAACAUGUCUCUCUUCAGCUCUCGCAACAGCUCUCCCUUCUUCGGCGAGUUCGCUCCCAUGUUUCGCCUCAUGGACGACUAUGCCACCCACGUUGCCAGCAAGGACGGAGGCUCCAGCAUUUCCAAGUCCUUCCGCAGCUUCACUCCAAAAUUCGACGUCAAGGAGAACAAGGAGAACUACGAGCUCCACGGCGAACUCCCAGGCAUCGACCAGAAGAACAUCAACAUCGAGUUCUCGGACGCGCAGACUCUCACCAUUAAGGGUCGCACUGAACACCACCGCGAAGAAGGCACUCGCCCAGCUGGUCUGAUCGAAGGCGAAGUCGAGCAGGGCAAGCUGACCCAAGGUGAAUCCAACAACGGUCACUACCACAAGCCUUCGGUCGAGGACGAGGGUGCCAACUCUGGAUCAUCCAGCACUCAGGUCCAGAAGUCCGAACAGCUGCAGUCCAAGAAGAACGAGUCUCGCUACUGGGUCUCAGAGCGUAGCGUCGGCGAAUUUGCGAGAACUUUCGCAUUCCCCACCCGUGUCGACCAGGACAAUGUCAAGGCGAGCUUGAAGGAUGGCAUUUUGUCCAUUGUGAUUCCGAAAGCUCAGGCUCCGUCGGCGAAGCGCAUCACCAUCGAGUAGAUCGCUCAUGGCAAUGACCAGCACACAUCCGAAGGCGUUUAGGGUACGAUUGAUUUGGAGGACUUCUUGAUGAGGAAAUGGCUGGUAAUGAGCAACGCUGUAUAUUAGUCACUGUAUUGUAAAAUCAAAAUGGCAUGGUUGAUCG